UCAACGUCUGACCGUUGCACCUCGACACACCCCAAAUUAAAUAGCAAUCAUUGAUUUGAUCUGAUAUUCCUGACACCUGCUUUUCCGACAACCUCACAUCUUAUCAAAAUGUCCCCCAAGAUUGCAUGGGGAUCUUUACUUCCAUGUUGCUUGAGAGUUGCCAAUGAUCCAUCAUUGAAGCCCGACCUGCCUCCGAUUAAAAAGCGGGUCGUGGCUAAACAAGCCUCUUUCCAGAGGCUCUCCUUCUCAGACCUAAGCAACCCAGCCUCACCGCUCUCUCCCGAAGACCUCUCCCUCUCUCUCAUCGGCUCGAACCUCUACGUCUUCAACUUAAGCGAGCUUAGGCUAAUCACCCAAAACUUCUCGUCGAGCAAUUUCAUCGGUGAGGGCGGGUUUGGGCCCGUCCACAAAGGUUUCGUCGACGACAAGGUCCGACCCGGUCUCAAGGCUCAGCCUGUGGCUGUCAAGAUCUUGGACCUGGAGGGUUCACAAGGCCAUAGGGAGUGGCUGGCCGAAGUGAUUUUUCUCGGGCAAUUGCGACACCCGCACCUCGUGAAGCUGAUCGGAUACUGCUGCGAGGACGAGCACCGGGUCUUAGUAUACGAAUACAUGGCGCGCGGUAGCUUGGAACAUCAUCUUUUCAAAAGAUUUUCAGCUUCAUUGCCAUGGCCAACACGUCUGAAAAUAGCGGUCGGAGCCGCCAAGGGCCUCGUUUUCCUGCACGAAGCGGAGAAACCCGUUAUCUACCGCGAUUUUAAAGCUUCCAACAUCUUGUUGGAUUCGGAUUAUGCAGCUAAGCUCUCAGAUUUCGGUCUAGCAAAAGAUGGUCCCGAAGGAGAUGACACCCACGUAUCGACUCGGGUCAUGGGCACACAGGGCUACGCUGCACCCGAAUAUGUCAUGACAGGCCAUCUAACAGCGAAGAGCGAUGUCUACAGCUUCGGGGUCGUCCUCCUGGAAAUACUGACAGGAAGGCGGUCCAUGGAUAAGAGCCGUCCAAGAGGAGAACAAAAUCUGGUUGAGUGGGCCAGGCCUAAGCUGAACGAUGCUCGAAAGCUCGACCGGAUAAUGGACCCAAAGCUUGAUGGCCAAUACUCCCCCAAGGCUGCCCAGAAGGCAGCCAUAUUGGCUUAUCAGUGUCUGAGUCACCAACCGAAAUCGCGGCCCACCAUGAGCACCAUUGUCAAAAUUCUGGAGCAACUUCAAGACAUGGUGGAUGACAUACCGUCUGGGCCCUUCGUUUACACAGUAGGGGUUGAGACCUGCAAAGAUGAGGAAGUGAAAAAGGCUGCAGUAAAAGAGAAUGGAGGCGACCGUCGUGGUCACAGACACCGGCUCCGCGCGCCCACAACCACAGCAAAUGAAGAUGAUGAGAGAAAAACCACGGCUAAGGAGAACGGCCACCGUCACCGCCACCAUGAUCAAAGACACCAGCCCCAUUCCCCAGCAGCCAUAGCAAAUGAAGAUGGCAAGGACGACACCAGAAAAGAUGCAAAAAAAGAUAAUGGACUCCGCCACCAUGGUCAAAGGCCCCGCAUCCAUUCACCCACAACCGCACUGUCGAGCUACCACUCCGACACUGCCCUUUACAAGAACUCCGUCAAUGAUCUGUACAAAAACAGUCCGAGACAGCGGCACAGGGGAGCAUAGGUUAGCCAUUUUCAAACAUCACUGUACAUAACAGAGAGAGAGAGAGAGAGAGAGAGAGAGAGAGAGAGAGAGAGAGAGAGAUUUUCAAGGUGUGCAGAUGGAUUUUCAAGUUGUGCAGAUGCCGCGAUCCAUGGCUGUAGUGGGAAGGAAAGUCAGAUGAGUGAAUCUGCACAUAGCUGUAAAAGGCCCAUAAGCCUGUCUGAUGUUAAUCGUUGGAUAUUUCGAAAUUCUUUCCAUAAAUAAAUCCAUUGUUUAGGGUGAGGAUUUUAUUAAUCUGAAAUGGCAUUUGGGUUGUGAAGAGUUCCAUCA